AUGUUUGGUCGCUUCAAUCAAGUAGCUCGACAUCUCACCCGCCCUCUACCUAACCUCGCUCAAACCCCGGCAGGGCUCGCUGCCAGCAUGACAUCAUCUGCCAAGUUCUUCGAGAACAAAACCAAAACAAUACACACGGCAGCAUGUCUGAUCAUCGGCGAUGAGGUUCUGGGCGGAAAGACAAUAGACACAAACUCGGCAUACUUUGCGCGAUGGUGUUUCUCACUCGGCAUCCAGCUCAAACGCGUUGAAGUCAUCGCCGACGACGAGGACGAGAUUAUUGAGGGUGUGCGCCGCAUGAGCGCCAACUACGACUUUGUCGUGACCAGCGGCGGCAUCGGCCCAACGCACGACGAUAUCACAUACCACUCCAUCGCCAGGGCCUUUGGCCUGCCGCUGAAACUGUAUCAGCCGGCCUUUGAGCGCAUGAAGAAACUGACCAAGCCGCACCCGACCCAGCCGGAUUUCAAUUGGGAUGAACCGUCGUCAGCGCUGACGGCAAGGCUGCGCAUGAUCGAGUUGCCGUAUGACGAGAACAUUGACGAGGACAAGCAGAGUGUGUUUGUGGCGGAUGAUUCCUGGGUGCCGAUUACCACGGUGAAUGGCAAUGUGCAUGUUCUACCGGGUGUUCCCCGGCUGUUUGAGAAGCUUCUUGAUGGCCUGAAGGAAGUGGUUGUCGUGCCUCGGCUGGCUGAUCCCGCGGGGAAUGGCUCCUACCGUGUGCUCAUUAGUACGCCUCUGCCAGAGAGCACUGUUGCUGGCUAUCUGACCGACCUGGCCCUCCGAGUCGCGCCUCAUGGUGUCAAAGUAGGAAGCUACCCGCGCUGGGGCAAGAAACGGAAUACUGUGACGCUCGUUGGCAGCGACAAGGACUAUAUCGACUCAAUUGUCGCGGAUGUAGCGCAGAACGUCCAAGGCAGGCGAGUGGCGACAGAGGACGAGGACGAUCCUCCAUCUGAUACCGAGGCUAAGCAAUAG